AUGGAUUCGAACGGCGGUUGCCAUGUGGAGCAGCGGUACGCAGCGGUGAAGGAGCGCAAGUUGUCGCUGUACAAGGAGCUGGCAGCCUUCAUCCCCUUUGCGGUCGUCCACCUCGACUCGGUCAACACCAUUGUGGCCGGCUCGGCGACGGUGGCGGCAGCGUCGUUGCCGGCGUCGCUCCGUGCGCUGCCGGCCAAGCUGCUGCACAAAGCACUCUCUGUUGAGCAAGUAUUCUCCAAGUCGACGGUCCUUGUCUUUGACUCGGAGGACGAGCGUGAUCGCUGGGCCGCCGGCCUCCGGGCCUGGCACACAGCCAUGGCCACGCCACAGAAGAAGGCCUCCGAGGUUGAUCUGGUCACGCGGUUCCUCAACGACAAGUCUGCGCCUGUUCACGCGCUCUCGCCCGAGAAGCAGGCCAUGGUGAAGCAGGCGUCGCGCGAGUCGUUGCGCGAGGCUUCGGCAUCCAAGGCCGAGCGCUCGCGGUCGGCCAAGGGUUCGCGCCGCCGGCACUCAUCGCGAAAGCGCACGCCGAGCUCACGCUCGCACAAGCCGGCGUCAUCGACGCCCAAGCAUAUGUCGUUCGACGACCACGACUCGUCGUGGACCAGCAGCGUCGCCGACGAGCAGGCCUCGUCGCGCAAGCGCCGCCGCCGCCGCCGCCGCCACACAGCGCAUACCGACCACACCACCUCAGCCUCGCCGCCGCCAGCAAGCGACGGCUUUGUCGCUGGCGCCGUGCUGGUACCCGAGCCCGAGCCCGGGCUCCUCCCCGCGGCCUCUGAUUCGGUCCUGAACCCUGCCAGCGAUGUGGACGCACCAGGCUCCACCCGUCGCCGCCGUCGCCGAUCGUCGCGGAAGCUGCGCCGCUCACGCUCGGCGUCAAUCUCGCCGCCGGUCACUCCUGCUGCCGCCGACACCCCCUCGCCCGACACACCGUCGCGCCGCAAGCGGUCGCGCAAGCGGUCGCCGUCGCCGGCUGCCGAGCCCGAGCCCGAGCUGUCUGCAGCUUCCAAGGUUGCGACGCCCAUCACGCCCUCGGGCAUCAUCCGCAAGGCUGUUACUUUUACGCCUUCAGGAUCUGACUCGGAAUUGUCUGCUCCAGCACCCGAAACCGCGCCGCCCGCUGCGGACGAGACCGUUGUCGCGCUUGUUCACGCCAUCAAUGAGCUCCAGGGCGAGAUGGACGUGCUGAAGGAGUCGUUAUCUGCGUCCGAGGCCAAGUCACGCGGCCACCAGGACGAGCUCAACGACGUGCUCGAGUCACUAACGUCGUUUAUGGCCACCGCGCGCGGCAGCGCCGACUCUCCCCGAUGCCGUCACCCCGGCUGCUGA